AUGACCGAAGACAGAAGUUUGGCGCCAAAGGCUGAAUCACAAAAGAUUUUUGAAAAGUUGAAAACAAAACCACCGAACAGGGUAUGCUUUGAUUGUGGACAAAAAAACCCGACAUGGACAUCCGUACCAUUCGCUAUAUAUCUUUGCCUUGACUGCUCUUCGAACCACAGAAAUCUAGGAGUUCAUAUUUCAUUCGUACGAUCAACCAACCUUGAUCAAUGGCAGUGGGAACAGUUGCGGAAAAUGAAAGUCGGGGGUAAUGAAUCAGCCACAAAAUUCUUUAAGGCAAAUGGCGGCACCGUCGCUCUGAAUAGUAAAAACCCGACCACAAAAUAUGGUGGUCAUGUAGCAGUUAAGUAUAAAGCUGAAAUACAGCGCCGAUCCGAGAAAGAUGCUAUUGAAUACCCUAACAUUGUCGUUGUUACCGAAACUACAACUAACGCUUCACAAAACACCAACUCAGCACCAAAUCCAGACCUAGAAGAUGACUUUUUUUCUUCAUGGGAUAAGCCUUCCAUAAAGCGACCGACGCCUCCUAUCUCAAGAACUUCGACGCCGCCUAUAACAGGCCGACCUGCAUCUCCCUUUCUAAAUUCUAAGAAUGGAAAUUCAAGAUCUUCAUCGCCUCAGCCUGGAUCAGAGAGGAAUACCAUACCUCUAGCUAAUCGCAUCACCUCAUCCGCUGCUCUUCGAAAAAUAGGCCCUGCUGGAUCUGGACCACGUAAAGCAAAUGUUUUAGGAGCUAAGAAAACAAAACUUGGUGCCAAGAAAGUAACUGGGGAUUUCAUUGAUUUUGAUGCGGCAGAAAGAAAAGCCAAAGAAGAGGCAGAAAGAAUAGCAAAAUUGGGAUAUGACCCUGAUGCCGAGGAAAAUUCUAAUCACGUAUCAACUUCUCAAGCUAUAAAACAAGCAAAUUCUUCAUCAUUCAGCUCAACCAGUCCUAAGAGAGGAAGUUACAGUGAGACUAGAACGGGCUCUAUAAGUGAUGUAAAUAGGCUAGGUAUGGGCGUCAGUAGGCUAGGAUUCGGGCAAAUUGGGGGAAACAAACCGGCAAACGUAACUGCUAAAGUCACAACUGGAUUUGGCUCAGUUGGUCCCAUUAGGGCCACUCAAGAAGACGACACUGAAAAAUAUGCACGACAGAAGUUUGGCUCCCAAAAAGGUAUAUCUUCAGACGAGUUUUUCGGAAAAGGUGACUUCGAUCCCUCUAGCAAAAAUGAAGCAAAGCAAAGGCUUCAAGACUUUGAGGGCGCCUCCGCAAUUUCUUCGAAUGCUUAUUUCGGACGGCCAGAUGAAGUCAGUACAGAGGACUAUGGGGACAUUGAAACUGCAGCCAAAGAUUUUGUUCGCAAAUUUGGAGUUACAGCUGGCGACGACCUAGAGAAUUUAACACAGGUGCUGGGUGAAGGAGCAAAUAAACUUCAAGAUGCAAUUAGAGGUUACCUUAAUAGCUGA